GUCCCUAAGAUGGCGGCCGUGCUCGGUGCUCCUCGCGCUCCGCUCCGUUUUCCCGCCGCGGCUCCGGUUUCCCGCCGUUAAGCGCGCUCCCGCUGCGGCAUGAGGCGCGCGUGACCGAGGCGCGGAUGGUGCGCGUGAACCGGAGCGCGCUGCUGUACGUGCUCGCGCUCGGCAGCUGCGCGUUCCUGCUCUUCCAGCUGUACUACUACCGGAAGUACGUCACGAAGGCCGGGCCCCGCCUCCUCAGCGCCGACAGCCAAUGGGUGGUCCGGUCCUUCUUGUCCGGGUCUCAGUCUUGUCGUCUUCCGGUGUUUCUCAUCGACGUCGCGGCUCUGAACUCCGUCUCCCACGAUGCACCUGGGCCCCACCACUGCAACUUCCUGUGCAGCCGACCAAUCACAGCCUUCGGCCUCAACGCCAAACACUGGAGCCACGACGCCAGCAGCUGUUUCCUGUCGGCGCUGGAGCAGAAGGACUUCACCUGGAUCCUGACGUCAGCUCCGCCUCCCACGCUCCCACAGUACGAGCCUGUACGAGGCUCCGCCCACACGCUCCCACAGUAUGAGUCUGUACGAGGCUCCGCCCCCAGUUCUCCGUAA